AUGAGCGCCCAAGAGGAAGUGGUUCGCCCGCUGGGGCCGUGGCUCCGAGACCGAAACGUUCGCGAAAUACUCGAGAAUGCCGUUGCCAAUGUUGCGCUCUCCAUUCCAUCCUUGGGUGUCGGUAUCUCUGGCGAGGAUACUUCCAAGCCGCGGUUUGUACAGCGGCCAUCCAUCAGCCUCGACGAGCAUUUCGAGUUCGUGGAAAAAUCGGACAAAAAGCCGGCCGCUCACGAUGCUAUCCUGCUCGGCAUACUCGAAGACCAGCACAAUCGAAGCUGGCCUGAUAUAGAGCAUCGGCCGCCCUGGAAGUUGACCGUCAUCGCCUGGGGUACGGCAGAUGAGGCCGGCCUGUUCGUGCUCGACGCGGUGUUUGCGGCACACCACGCAAUCGCCGACGGGCGCAGCACUGCGCUCUUCCACACGGCGCUUCUCAACGAACUGAAUCACCCAACCGACCAGCCCAUUCCGCUUUCUGGGCGCACCCUGGACCUGAGGGGCCUCGCUCGCCGGGUGCACGUCCGGCCCCAGGAAGAACUGGUAAAGUUCAGCAAGUCCUGGGGGUUCCUAGUGCGAGUCCUGUGGCGUGAACUCGCACCGGCCUGGCUCCGAGGGCGUCAGCCCCCCGCCCCGUGGACCGGAAAAGCUAUUACGCUCGAGCCAUGUCGGACAAGGCUGCGAAUCGUCAGCGUCCCCUCGACCGCGGUGACACAGAUCCUCGCCUCUUGCAGGGCGAACCAGGCGACGCUUACGCCUUUGCUCCACGCCCUUGUCCUGGCCUCUCUCUCCAGGCAGAUAUCGGCAGAGAAGGCGGCUGCGUUCCGCAGCACGACCCCGAUCGACCUGAGACCGUUCAUCGGUGACGGCUCGGAGAACGGAGGCAGCCGAACCUUAUUUGGCGUUUAUGUGACGGCCCAGACUCACACCUUUGACGCGUCUACUAUCACAGCACUGCGACAGGGGCUCUCGACGGACCAGAUCUGGAAGGUUGCGGCGAAUCUGCGACGUAGCAUGAAGCAGCAUCUCGAUAAUGUACCAAAGGACGACAUCAUGAGCAUGCUCGGCUGGGUCUCUGACUGGCGGAGUUUCUGGCUCUCAAAGGUGGGAAGGGCACGCCAAGACACGUGGGAGGUGUCCAACAUCGGGUCGAUGCCAGGUGACCAAGGGGCGGAGGGAGAGGCAGCCGGAGGCUGGAAAACCCAACGGUCUCUCAUGUCCCAGGGCGCCACCGUCGCGGGCGCUGCCGUUAUCCACAGCAGCAAUGUAAGCGGCAGCGCCGUUACGUUGGUGCAGGUUCGCGCAAAGUCCAAUCGUCUGCGACCCAGGGACCAGGGCGUUAUCGUCCGCCUGCUCGAGGAUAUUCCUAGGUUCGGUCGCAAGGACGCCGUCUUCCGCAUCGAACGAGGGCGCAUGCGCAAUCAGUGGUUUCCGCACAAAAGGGCCGAGUACAUGACUCCCUCGCGCUUCCGUGAGCUCGGCUUGACUCGCGACGACAUCGGGGAACGGGACACCACCUUCGGUAUCCUGGACGUUGCCGAUGUUGAGGAUUCCCCAGAGGCCGAGGUUCCAUCACCGACCGUGCUGACCACAUCUCCCGAGAAGGCUCACACGAUCCUCACGACCAUGAUCCCCGACACUCUCGCCUUUCACCGCAAGCCGAUCCCGGCCCCAGCCCCUCCUCCACCCUCCCAGCCUAUUUCUCCUCUGGUGGCUUCCGCGAAGGCAGACACUGCGCACGAUCGAAACGCCCCCAUGGCCAUUUAUGGUUCUGUGUCAGCUACCGACAUUGUGGGCCACAUCAAAGGCUUACUGGUUAAUGACGUUGAGGGUAGCCGCAUCGUCCUCGAACCAGAAAACAUCCGUUUCUUGGGCACGGACGAGGAGACAGACAGGGUCAAAACCCUGGGCCGUUGGGAGGUGGAAAUUUUGGUCGGCGGUACCGGGUUGGAACCCGUCCGCAAAACUGUGGAAGUUCUGCCGCUGACCGAGGGCUCGGACAGAGGCGAAGCGCAAGUUGCUUCGUGA